ACACAGUUGUAUUUCUGGGGAGUUCUGUGCCGACAGGGGCUGAGACAGGGUACGGGGAGAAGCACGCCACCGAGGCCCUCCCCGCCUCGUGCCAUCGUUCAGUCCCAAGAUGGCGGCCACCAUGAAGAAGGCGGCUGCAGAAGAUGUCAAUGUUACUUUCGAAGAUCAACAGAAGAUAAACAAAUUUGCUCGAAAUACAAGUAGAAUCACAGAGCUAAAGGAAGAAAUAGAGAAACAACUCCAAAAUUUAGAAGACGCUUGCGAUGACAUCCUGCUUGCAGAUGAUGACUGCUUAAUGAUCCCGUAUCAAAUCGGGGAUGUUUUCAUUAGCCACUCUCAAGAAGAAACCCAAGAAAUGUUAGAAGACGCAAAGAAAAAUUUGCAAGAUGAAAUUGAUGCCUUAGAAUCCAGAGUGGAGUCGAUUCAGCGGGUGUUAGCAGAUCUGAAAGUUCAGUUAUAUGCGAAAUUUGGCAGCAAUAUAAACCUUGAAGCUGAUGAAAGUUAAACAUUUUAUAAUACUUUUUUUAAUUUGUCUAAUAAACUUGAAUAUUGUUUUAAAUGAUAAUUUCCCUUCUUCAAAUGACAUGGAAAGGAGAACUUUCUUUUUUAAGAUUUUCAUUUAUUUAAUGGAAACUUGCCUAUUUUCACACGUCUUGCUUAUUUAUUUUAUAUUUUUAA